GGGAAGAGUGGAACACAUGAGACACGAGAGAGACAACUUUCUCACCAGCAAGAGAGAAAGAAAGAAAACGUUAGGCAUAGUUUUCAAGGGCAACGUUGAGGCCAUCGCAGUGUUUCCGGUGGGCACAAAGACCAUGUCGGUCCGCUCAGCAGGGAAAGACAAGUAUAACACCCAACUUUAUGAUAUGAGGUGAAAACAUGGUUAGAUGGUUAUUUAUGAGAGUCCAUCAUUUUAGUGAAUAAGAAUACAUCUAUCUAAAAAUUAGUUCUACAAAUAGAAAAUAACAGAAAAUUUAAAUUCAUCAUCCGUGGUGAAUCAUGCAACAGUUCUAAAAAUGAAAAUGAAAAAAAUUCUUGAUGAUAGAAAAGACACCACCUUUUUUUUCCAACAAUGCAGCCAAUGCUAUUUCCGAAUUACGUACUCCAGAUUACCAAAAUCCUAUUUCCCAUUUCAUGAAUCUCGUUUCUCUUGUUUUUGUCUACUUCUUCUAACCCUUUUAUACAAGCAAAUGACGAUCGACUGCGAGAUGAUCCAUGGUACACAUACUGGGAGGCGACAAGAACUAUAGGGAUUCGAGCUCCAAUGGCGCAGAGGAGGAAAAUCGAGGUUUCCAAUACCAAUUUCGAUGGAAAUAAACCCGAAGUUAAUGUCAGUUUUCAAAAUGCUGCCAAUGAAGUUACUAAACUCUAUCAUCAAGCUAUGAAUUCCCAACAUGUUGCUUUUGAUGCUGGUCGAAGACAUUCACUUGAGAAAGCAUUCGAAUGGGUUUCAUCUAAAGCACAUGAUGGAAAAUCGGUUACUUCAUCAGAAUUUAUGGCCUAUUUGCAGCUUUUAUGCAGCAUGAGCUCAAUGAUUCAUCGGCAAAUAGUCAUCAAGAACUUAGUGAAAAUAUGCCUUGUUCUCAAGAUCAGGAUAUGAAAGAAGAGCAUCCUCAUAUGUAGCUUCACAAAUCUUUGUUUUUCUUUUUUCGUCUUUUUAGGGAACUUUCAGAUGCGCAGUAUCAUGGUUGUAUGUUGAAUGUCAAAGAAAAGAAUGAUGGUAUUAUUGUAAUUUCAUAUGUAGGAAUUUUACAUAUUAACUAUUUUGAGGUAUUUCAUGUGUAUGAAUUUUACAUAUUACUAUUUGGAGAUA